AAGUACACUUCAUACGCCUGCAGCUGAUUAUGACAAUGACAAUACAAUAAGAUAAUCGCCAAAGAUUAUAAUCGCAAUUGCCAUUCGCCCGAUUCUCCAGUCCAGAGUCUAGGUUGUAGAAGGAAGUCAAACCAGCUACUAAUUUAUUAUUUUUUUUAAGUCUAUCAUUCAAGAAGGGGUUAUGUAAAAAACUAAGAUUUUCCUAUGGCUUCACUUAAUAUGAAAGGUAUCGAAGCCGAAGCGAGGGAGUCAGCGAAGAAACAUGUUUCAACUAUUAUAAAGAAACAUGGCAAACUUGAGAAGGUAGAUCAAAUUAGAAGAAAAAUUAUUCGUCAGAAGGGAUCUGUAGAAGCGCAAUUAAAAUCAACUAUUCAGCAACAACUUGAUGGAGUUCACGUUGGACUGGAAAAAUUGAAGGAUGCUCAAGUAGAAGUAGCUGAAAUUGAUAGAGAUUUGUGCAAAAUGUCCGAACUCUUCAAUAAAAUUCCUAAACUGUACCCAAAAUUAAGUAUGGUUAGGGAUGAAAAUAUGAAACACUCGCAAUAUGCAACUGCUAGAGAAAAUUUAAAGCAUAUUUUCACUGUACCUGAGAGUGUAGAAAAAACUAAACAGUGGAUAAAUGAAGGAAAAUUAUUGCAUACUCACCAGUGUUUGAGAGAUCUUGAGAAUUCUCGUGAUGAUUUACUUUUUGAGCUGCAUAAACUGCCUAAUCAAUCUCCUCAUGAUAAAUCGAUGCUGAAAGCUUAUUUUUCCGAAGUUGAGGAGUUAUCAAUGUUACUUGAAAAACAGUUACGUCUUGUAUUAUCAAGAACAUUAAAUACUGUACGUAAAGAACCAACAAUUAUAGUAACCGCAUUGAGAAUAAUUGAAAGAGAAGAAAAGGCAGAUGAAGAAGCAUUGAAACAAGAGAAACAAUCAGGAUUUAUAGCUCCUGGUCGCCCUAAGAGAUUGAAGAAAAUGGCUUUUGAAGUAUUAGAACAUUCCAUUGAAACAAGAAUUGAAGGUACUCAAGUUGAUGAAAGAUCAGAUAAUAAAAAUUGGUUAAUUACUCAUUUGGAAUUGAUUCGACAACUUAUUCUUGAAGAUCUGAGGGUGGUAAAAACUCUUUGUGUUCCAUGUUUUCCUCCUAGGUAUAAUAUAAUUCAAGAAUACAUCAGAAUGUAUCAUCAUUGUUUAUCUGCACAUUUACAAGAAAUCAUUCAAAAUGGUCUUGAAGGAAAUGAAUAUGUUACUGUUCUUUCUUGGGUACAUAAAACAUACUUUUCUGAUGAGCUUCUUAGUCAUCCAGAUUUAAUACAGUUCACAUCAAAACUUGAGAAAGAAAGUCCUUUGCUUCCAGAAGAAGUUCUAAAUCAACUUCAAAAUGAAUAUCUGGCCAAUAUGGAGAAGAAUUAUGCUGAAUGGAUGAAAAAUACUUUGAACUCGGAAAAACAUGAAUGGUUUUCAUCUAUAGAACCACAAGUAUCUCAUACGUGUGGAACUGGGCCCAUUAUAAUUUUCCAAAUGAUUGAUCAAAACCUACAAGUGACGAAAACUGUGAGUGAUCAACUUACCUUUGAAGCAUUAAAAUGUGGUAUCGAUCAUGUUGUACAUUAUGGAGGUUCUUAUAAAGAUGAAGUACUUGAAUUCAAAAAUAUAUACUUCAAUGAUAGAAAACAAGUACCGUUCUUCACACAUCACAUGGUCACUAUUGUUAAUAAUUGUCUUCAACUUGCUGAUUUGAGUACUCAAUUAGAGAUGCAAUAUCUUAAAAGCUUAACACAGAUUGAAGAAGAAUGUAAGGAUAUUGCACGAGAAAAAUUCAAAAAAUUGAGAACAGUGUUUUUAGAACUACGAAAUUUGUCAGGCAUAUAUUUAUUGGAAGAAUUAUUUUUUGAUUUGGAAAAAUAUUUCUCUGAUUUAUUCACUUCAAACUGGCUUGGGUCAUCAGUAUCUGUAGAUACAAUUUGUAUAACAACAGAAGACUAUUUUCAAGAUUAUAAUGGUCUUGCACAGAAAAAUUUUGAUUAUGUUGUUUAUCAAGUGAGGAGAAGAUAUGUUGAAAAAUACUUGACUUCCUUCUUGAGUAAAAGAAUAUCCUUCAAAACUUAUCAGGAAUGUAAUACUGCUGCUCGUCAAGUUUCAAAAGAAGUUGACAGAUUAAAGAACUUAUUAAAUAGUUUAUGUACAGAUAUAAGCGGUACUGACCCAUUUGAAGCUAUUGCAGUAUUGGUUGAAGUUUUGAAAAGUGAUGAUGACAUGUUAUCCUUUGAACUCCAUAGAGUCGUAGAAAAAUAUCCUGAUAUCAGUGAUGACCAAUUGUUGAGAUUGAUGCAUUUGAGGGGGGAUUUAAAUUGGUCUGAUGUCAAAGAUAAAGUGGCACACUUAAUUAGGCCUAAGAACUAUUUACCUCCAAGCGUAUUUAAAGGCUUAGUUUUUUCAAAGGGUGUGAAUUUAUUUAACAAUUGAUUCUAUAAUUUGAAUGCACUCAACAUUCUUAAGGAUAAUGUAACAUUGUAGGAAUGUAUAGUAUGAGUAUCGCAACUUCAACAGUAUUUGAAAUUUUUCUGUAAAUACUACUACUUUCUGAGUACUACAGUCAAUAAAAGUUUGAAGGGAAGAAUAACCCUAAUUGUAAUUAACUGAAGUUUUUUGAAAUCUUUGAAAAUUCGAUUAAUACCAGAUAUAUUAAUUGAACCAAGAUGAAUAUUAUAAUAUUAAUUAUAUUUUUAUUGAAUAAAAAUGUAUUCUAUUUCUUUUGA